AUGUCCUCUCAGAAACCUACCUACCGCAUCGCCUCCAUUCCGGGUGACGGGAUAGGCAUAGAAGUCGUCGAUGCUGCCAUCCAGGUGGUCGAAAAGCUCGCCAGGACCCUUGGAACAUUCAAUAUCGAAUUCACACACAUUCCAUGGGGAACUGCAUACUACAAGGAACACGGUCGAUAUGUGUCCGAAGAUUGUUUAGACACGCUGCGCAAGUUCGACGCCGGCUUGUUUGGUGCCGUAGGUGCCCCAGAUGUUCCGGACCACAUCUCCCUCUGGGGUCUCUUAUUAGCACUCCGCGGACCGCUGCAGUUAUAUGCUAAUGUCCGUCCCGUGCGCACAUUCCCUGGCACUAAAUGCCCUCUCAACACCGCAACAGAGGGUAUUGACUGGAUGCUUGUGCGCGAAAACUCCGAAGGAGAGUAUUCCGGUCAGGGAGGACGCAGUCACAUCGGUCAGCCGUGGGAAGCUGCGACGGAGGUAGCUAUGUUUACUCGUGUCGGGAUCGAGAGGAUUAUGCGCUUUGCCUUUGAAGUCGCUCAGUCUAGACCCCGCAAACUACUGACCGUCGUUACGAAGAGUAACUCCAUGCGGAACGGCAUGGUGCUCUGGGAUCAGGUCGCAGCGGAAGUCGCUAAGGAUUUCCCCGAUGUUACGUGGGACAAAAUGCUAGUGGAUGCAAUGACAGUCCGCAUGGUGGCGAAGCCCCAAUCUAUCGACACCAUCGUGGGAACGAAUCUACACAUGGAUAUCUUGUCCGACUUGGCGGCAGCGUUGGCAGGAUCUAUCGGUGUGGCUCCUUCCAGUAACCUGGAUCCGACCCGGAAGAAUCCCUCUAUCUUCGAACCAGUACACGGCAGUGCCUUCGAUAUCACUGGAAAGGGUGUUGCCAACCCUGUGGCUACUUUCUGGUCCGCUGCGGAGAUGCUGUCCUGGUUGGGUGAAAAGGAGGCGGCGAAGAAGCUCAUGGAUUGUGUGGAAAAGGUAUGCGCUGCUGGUAUCUUAACGCCGGAUCUUGGAGGCAACUCGAACACACAAGGAGUGGUGGAUGCUGUGAAUAAGGAAAUUGAGCAAAUGGAGUCCACGGAUCUCACGUCUGGCCCGUCAGAAAUCGGUUCCUUGACGGCACAAUCCAACGAAGAGAGCCAAUUUGUCGGGAGUUCCAGCGGUGUUUACUUUAUUAAUACGGUCCGACAGGCCUUUUCAAGAAACUUGGCCACGUUAGGUGCAUCUUCCGGGCAAGAAUUUCCGCAGCCAGAGGAUACCCUCGUUGGCAGUGAUGGCUCGCACCAUGACAAGCGCUCUGCCCCAUCCUCCGUCAAAGCAUCACCGAUGCCGGGAGGUGAGCAACCUUUUUGCCAAUGGGAAUAUGACCCAGAAAUGGCGGCUAUACUGGGUCAUGCGCCGCCGCUGGACACCGCAAGAGAACUCAUGAUGGUAUAUUUCAAAGUCUGGCAUCCAUUGUUUCCCUUUCUGCACGGGCCAACCUUUCUGCAAGCAAUGGAACUGCUCUAUUCCGAUCACCGCAAAAGCCAUUCGAUUCUACCUUCACCAGAUCACCGUAAUACUUGCUGGACGGUGAUCUUUCAGUGCGUGUUCAAUUUAGCUAGCCAUUUGAGGCCUGAUCUGCCUCUUCCAUCAGAGUCUCGAAUUGAAUCACCGAGCCAUAUGCAGUCCUUGCUCAGUUCCCUUACUUUCAGAAAUGAUCUCUCGUCUUUGCAAGCACUACUAGCAUCCCAACUAUACUUGGUAACCAAAAUGUCGCUUCGAACGGCAUCAACAGUGGGCGGUUGCAUGCUACGAUCGAUGAUGCAUGCAGGUCUCCACCGCUGUCCAUUCCGAUAUAGGGAGCUUUCAUCGCAUGAUCGGCAGUUACGCAAGAGAAUUUUCUGGUGUGCAUACGCUAUUGAUCGGUAUCUGAGCCAGGCUCUUGGUCUUCCGCUUGGCAUACAAGAUUCCGAUAUCGACGUCUGUGCCCCAGGGGCCGACGAAAUCCAUUUCCCCGGAUCACAUAGAAGCAGUGCUGAUGCAAUACAACUACCAGCGGAGCAAUCUGCUAGCCAUGAAUCCCAUGGCAAUACGCCGAGUGGCUCCGAGUCACUCCAAAACAAAAGAGAAAUCGCCUUCGCAAGCUACGUUGAAUCCGGCACACUCACAGGGAGAGCACUAGAACUCUUCCACAAAUCCAUUCUCGUCCGCUCCAUCCGCCGCAGCUCAGUCCUCUUCCUGAUCACCGACGUCCACAAAUGGUGGAACAGUCUCUCAAUUGAUCUUCAAAGCCUAAGUCCCCCAACUGACCAAGACGCCAUGACCGAUAAACCCUUCAACUUCGGACCCUUCUUCACCGUCCUCUACCAACACCUCAUUCUCCUCAUCCACCGUCCAUCCCUAUCCCUAAGCCCCUCAACCCCCGAGUUCUGCUCCGGCCUCCAAACCUGCAUCGGAGCCGCACGGGAAAUCCUCACCGCACUCAAAGCCCAAGUAGAUGCAGGCCAGGCAUUGUUCUGGCCCGGCUUCCUAUCCGCCGCGUGGAUGUCAGGUCUUGUUCUCGCCUUCGCCUGUCAACUUCGACAAUACGUCUUAUCAAAAGGACUACAAGAAAUCUCCAAAUGUCUCGACUUCCUCCAGCUCAUGUCCUCACAAUGGGAAACCGCCAAAAACUGCCACCGAGCAUUAGCUCUCCUAACCCGAAACAUCCAACACUCCAGCACAGUUUCAAUCCUACACAGACCCUCCGAGCCCCUCCCACCAAGAACCAGAUCAGAAGACAACGAUAAUGACUGGGACGCCCGCAAGAAACGCCGCCUAAACUCCCAUCCCGUAAUGAGGCCUUCUCGACUAGGGUCUUCAAGUUUCGAGACUGCCCAUGAUGGAACGGUACAUCCUAGCGAUAAUGACGAUGAUACUAAUGAUCCGGGUUUGGAUGUUCAGAAUAUGUCGUGCUCUACCAAUGUUCAAGUGUCAAAUAAUCCGUCGGAACUGGUGCAGGGCUACCGGGUUGUUAUGAUGGGUUUCUAUAUGGCUAAUGAUAGGAAUCAAUGA